AUGACAGACUAUCGACUGCCGAUUCAUCAAGUGCCCCAGCGGAAACCGGUCGCUUCCGCCCAUGCCGGGACUCAGUUUCAGGGAUACAAUAAUAAUGGGCACCAGCAACCACAGUAUCAAGCUCGGCCGCCGCCGCCGCCUCAACAAGCUGCCGCCCACCCUUCAGUCGCUUCGCUUGCGCACAGCCGAAGUCGGACAUCCUCCUCAAAUGCCUUGCCGUAUACAGGACACCAACAGCAGUAUCAACAGCAGCAUCAACCAUAUUCUACCGGGCCUUCCCCACAACACAGUAUGACUGUACCAUACAAUCCCAUGGCAAGACGCUUGUCAAGUGCGACAACAUCCACAGCCUCCACGGGCAACACUCCGGGAAUAAAUCCCGAUAUACGGCGGAGCUCGUCCGCGCGGUCAGGCAACUCCCAAAGCAGCUAUGUUGCUCUGCUGCGUCGACAGAAGGCGACCGUUUGGUGUGACCGUGCGCAGCCGGAGGAUCCUCGAUUGCGGCAACAGAAGCUCGUAGAUAAGAAACGAGCAUACCUUGAAGUCCACGGUGCAGGCGCCGGGCGUGCAAGUACACUUGGAAGCGGGAAAGGCAAGCAUGGUUCUAAAGUUACGGAUCUCUCCCCCUCUGCACUCGUUGGUGCGACUGUCCCUGUGCGACUCAGUGCCAACGAAGUCGGAGAUGCGGACGAAGAUGCGCACAGUGAGAGGGACUUCCCAUACCGUCGGACUGGGAGCGGACGAAGCUCUCUUGGUAGUGGCCACCGCUACCCCAGUGGCUACCAGCGAAACACGCAGGGCACUAUGGGCAGCAACAGCUCCCCGCCGAAUGAAAGGACCGAUCUGCCGGGUGUGUCUGAGGAUCCCGCCAUGGAUCACGCACAAGAACAGCAAGAUACAGCUCCUACAAAGGACGAGACCGCCACAACCCACAGUCGGAACAGUGAGCAAGAAGAUAACUUUGGAACAGUUGGGGAUAUGGCCGCGCCGAGUGCCGCGACUAUGGCCGAGCAAAAGGCCAACAAGGCAGCUGAGCUUCGACGCCGGGGUAGUGUGGACGAUCGAACGACCUCCAUGACCAACGUUCGGCUGUUCGUCGCAAACCCAGAUGCGGAUAGCGAUUAA